CGCCCAGCCCAGCCUCUGUCCUCCCGGAGCUCAGUGCCUCUGUCCGGGCAGCAGCAGCAGGAUGCCGUCCAUCAGCUCGGUGAUCCUGCAGGCCACCAGCUGCCUGUGUGAGCGCAGGGGCUGCAUGCAGCUGCAGCAGCUGCAGCAGGAGCUGCAGCAGCGUUGCAGGAUGACAAAUGAAGACUUCAUCUACAUCAUCCAGAACUGUCCGCAGCGCUUCUUGCUGGUCCCGGACGGGGAGUCUUACUCGGUGGUCGGUCGCACCUCCCUGCGGCUCUGCGGCGCCUACAGCCGGGGGGAGCGGUGCGGGGGAAGCUGCCAGCAGCUGCAUCUCUGCCGUUUCUACGUUUUCGGGAACUGCAGGUUCGGGAAGGGCAGGAAGUUGUGUAAGCUGUCCCAUGAUGUUUCCUCCAAGCACAACGCCGGGCUGCUAAGAGAAUGCACGCUGCACGAGCUGCAGGAGGACGAGCUGUUCCUGCUGCUGCUGCAGAACGACCCGCAGCUGCUGCCUGAGGUGUGUGUUCACUACAACAAAGGCUCGGCUCCUCAUGGCGGCUGCAGGUUCCAGGACUCCUGCUCCAAGCUGCACCUGUGCCAGCACUUCCUGCAGGGCGUCUGCCGGUUCGGGCCGCGGUGCAGGCGGCAGCACGCCGUGGACCUGCGCAGCCAGAGCGUCCUGGAGCAGAGGGGGCUGAGCCGCCAGCUCAUCAGAGAUCUGCCCGCCAUCUACAGGAACGCCCAGUACCUGAACGCUGCCGCCACUGCUGCAUCACCUGCUGCAUCACCUGCUGCUGCUGCUCCUGCUGCAGACGACCCAGAUUGUGGUGAGUUCUGUAAAGCGGCCCAGACAGACGAGACGGAGGAAAUCUGUCUGCAUUUCAUCAGAAACAGCUGCAGGUUCCAGGACGGCUGCCGCCAGGUCCACUUCCACCUGCCCUAUAAGUGGGAGAUCUAUGAUGGCCGGUGCUGGUCGGACCUGGAGAACAUGGAGGAGAUUGAACGGGAUUACUGCAACCCGGCUAAGACUCACAGCUCAGACUAUCAGCGGGUGGAUUUUGUCACCAUGACGAUGGAGUCCAUGCCCGUCCGCCGUCUGUCCACCGUCUCCUGGGUGAGGAGGCCGCCGCACUACAGCCUGACCACCCAGUGGCUGUGGUACUACCGGGCAGAGCGGGGCGGCUGGCUGGAGUACGGGCAGCUGGAUGAGAAGCAGCGGUCCACUUCAGUGGCGUCUAGAACCCUGGAGGAGGCCUUUGUCUCUGGAGAAACCGAAGUCCAGGUGGUGAAAGGCCAGAGGGUCUACGUCGUCUCCUUUAGAGACAUGUACCAGAGGAACCGCAAGCACCACACCAAGCGGAGCGUGCGCCGCCGACCUCGCUUCGUCUCCAAGGCCGAGGUGGACAAGCUGGUGGCUGAUCUGAGGAAAUGUUCUGGAUGAGUUCUGAUGGACCUGGUCUGGACUCUUUGACCUCACACCAGUAAAAAGGAAGCUGACUUUCUGUUUCUGGUUUCCAGCAUCAGAACUUUUCUGCAAAUCUGGAUUUUCCUUGUCCAGAAGAAUCGGACCAGAACCUUUUUGUUUUAUUUCAUCGGAACCAAGCAGGUUGACGAGAGCAAACCUGUUGCCUCAUGUUGCGUUAGUUGAAGCACUUUGUAAAUUGAUCUGCGCUGCUCAGACUUCCUGUUAUUUUCCUGGUUUCUGAUUUUUAUUUGUUUUUUUUUAACUGUAUUUUAUUUUGAUAGUGUAUGUUCUUGCUGUUUGCACUUCCUGUUGUUUUUUCCUGUGACUUCCUGUGAUGCCAGAUCAAUUGUAAUAAAUUUAAUGAAACUUGG